UAAAAAUUAAUGGUACGCGUCACCGGUGCACUCAUCCGUUUCCUUGUAGUUCUUAGUUGCACAGUGAUAUGAACCCAUAGGCAUAGCGCGAUAUCAUCGAAACGGAUGACGGAUGAGCGAAUUUGGAUAGGCCCCUAUAUCGUGCUCAAUUUAAUUUGUGUAAAUGAGAGCAAACGACAACUUAUAUCAUCUGAUGAUCUGAAAAGAAAAUGAGGACGAUUCUUGUAACAGGAGCUAACAGGGGUAUAGGCUUGGAGUUUGUACGCCAGCUGGCCCGGCGGAAACCAACUCCUGCGUUUAUCUUCGCCACCUGCAGGUCGCCGGACAACGCCCAUGAUUUGCGAGCUGUUGCAGAUACUCACACAAAUGUCAAGGUCUUGAAAAUAGACAUGCAGAAUGAAUCAACUUAUGGUCCCGUGGUUGAGGCAGUAUCUAAUAUGGUAGGAGAGAAUGGACUCAACGUUCUUAUCAACAACGCUGGUGUGUAUUCAAAGGACGGCUAUGAGAAAGUCAGCAGGGAAAUGCUCAAAGACAGCUUUGAUAUCAAUGUCAUUGGUCCCAUGCGCCUCACACAGGCUUUCCUCCCAAUUUUGAAGCAAGGAGCUCGGAGCAGCAAAGUGGAGAGUUUCGGUGUUGACAGGGGAGCGAUCAUUAAUAUCUCUUCUGGCUUUGGUAGUAUAGCUUCUAACGAUAGUGGUGGAAAUGCUGGCUACAGAGAAAGCAAGGCUGCUCUCAAUAUGUUCUCGAAGGGCCUAAGUCUAGACCUGAAAUCAGAGAAGAUCCUGGUCCUAUCACAGUGCCCAGGCUGGGUCUCUACACGCAUGGGUGGACCUCAUGCCUCUCGAACACCAGAGAGUUCUGUAUCUGAUAUGCUGACAAUAUUCGCCAUGUGCUCUGAAGAGCACACAGGUUGUUAUUUACGCAAUCACAUCCCACUGGAAGUCUUACCGUAUUAGCAACACUAGUAAUUAGUAAUCUCCACAGGUGGAUCAGAAACGAGGCCACAACCUACCACAUCUCAGAGCAGGGAAGUAUUCUUUUGCAGCCAUUAUCCUGACUGCAGCAAUCUUCAAUUUUAUGGCCACUGGUGUGUCCUCAGACACACUGACUUGUAUGCUGAAGUUUGGUAGAAGUAUUGACUUCUGAUAUGAAAUGCAUAGUUCUCAUCCUAGCUCGUAUCUUCAAUUCAAUUUGUCUUUUUUUCCUCUUUCAAUCUUUUAUAUUCACAAUGAUAGUUCAAUAGACAACAUUUAACAUUCUAAGGACAACUUUCCCAUAGGCCAUUUGAUUAAUUAUCAGGGAUUUGAGGUUUUCUCCUAAGUCCCCAUUCCCCUGGGGCAGUAAUCUAAAUAUCCCCCA